AUGGUUUCGGGAGUAGCACGCCGGGUGCUGCUCCCACGCGUCGCCGAGACCUCCCCGCUGCCCUUACAAGUGUCUCUCGCUGCAUCGCGGAGUUCAUGGUCAGCUUCUCCCUACAAGUCCGACGCUUCUCCGCUCCAGGCGAGGUUCUUCCACGCCUCUUCCGCCCGCCAAACCGCACUGCCGCCCUUCUCUAUCGCCGCCUUCCGAUCAUCGGCGCUCAACACCCAAUUCCGUAAUCCGCUCUCCCAGACGCAAGCGCAGACUCGGCCUCUUCAGAAUGGUUCGGUAACUGAUGCCUUGCGCCAAUUCUCUACGGCGCCCCGUCUACUACGGGAGAUCCAAACCAAGGCCGAGGAGGGCGUCAAGAAAUCCGUUGAGGUAGAAGCUCAGCAAGAACAGACGGAAGAGCACGAGAAGCAUGAGUUUACCAAGAGCGAGAAGGCUGCUCGGGCUGCGCAGGUCAAUCUGUCCGCCAAGUUGUCCAAGGAAGGCAAGGUGCAUGCCAAAGCCGGUCUGGACGAAAUCUGGCGGUUGAUCAAGAUCGCGCGCCCGGAGCUUCGAUGGCUCGGUAUUGCCUUUGUCUUCCUCGUCAUCUCCUCUAGUGUCACCAUGUCUAUUCCCUUUUCCGUCGGUCGAAUCUUGGAUCUUGCUACCAAAGGCGAAGCUGAGGAUAUCCGCCUGUUCGGAUUGACUAUGAACCAGUUCUUCUUUGGUCUCGGUACAAUUCUGACUCUGGGUGCCAUGGCCAACUUUGGCCGUGUGGUUCUUCUCCGUAUUGUCGGCGAACGUGUUGUCGCUAGACUGCGAUCCCAGCUUUACCGACGUACAUACGUUCAGGACGCCGAAUUCUUCGAUGCGAACCGAGUUGGAGAUCUUAUCUCCCGUCUGAGCUCUGAUACCGUCAUUGUUGGCAAGUCGGUGACUCAGAAUCUGAGCGACGGUCUUCGAGCCCUUUUCAGCGGAGGUGCCGGUUUUGCUAUCAUGGUCUGGACGAGCCCCAAGCUCACUGGUCUGUUGCUACUCAUGUUUCCCCCUAUCGCUGUGGGAGCCUUCAUCUACGGUCGAGCAAUCCGGAAUGUCAGCAGGUCCAUUCAGAAGAACCUGGGUACACUGACCAAGAUUGCCGAGGAGCGUCUUGGCAACGUCAAGACUAGCCAGGCUUUUGUUGGUGAGGUUCAAGAAAUCGGCCGGUAUAACCGACAAAUCAGAAGGAUCUUUGCCCUCGGCAAGAAGGAGUCUCUGAUUGCCGCUACUUUCUUUGCUUCGACUGGCUGGGCCGGUAACAUGACUAUCUUGGCCAUGCUGGUCGUGGGAGGCAGCUUUGUACGAAACGGGUCCAUGUCAAUUGGAGAUUUGACCUCAUUCAUGAUGUAUACAGCAUUCGCAGGCUCCAGUCUGUUUGGUCUCUCGGGUUUCUACUCAGAGCUCAUGAAGGGAGUUGGUGCGGCCAGUCGACUAUUCGAACUCCAGGAUCGCAAGCCUGGAAUCCACCAGACCGUUGGUGUUCGAGUCAAGUCGGCUCAGGGUCCCAUCAAGUUUACGGAUGUCUCUUUUGCUUAUCCGACACGGCCGGCCGUCAAGAUCUUCAACGGGAUCAACUUUGAGAUUCCAUCUGGCAGCAAUGUCUGCGUUGUUGGUCCAUCAGGAGGAGGCAAGUCAACAGUGGCCUCUCUCCUCCUCCGGUUCUACAACCCGACGAGUGGAUCCAUCACCAUCAAUGGUCAGGAUAUUUCCAAGAUGAAUAUCAAGUCUCUGCGAAGACGGAUCGGUAUGGUCUCACAAGAGCCUGUGCUCUUUUCUGGUACCAUUGCCGAGAACAUUGCCUACGGAAAACCCCGGGCGAGCCGCCUCGAGAUCAUCUCCGCCGCUCGACGAGCCAACUGCAACUUUAUUAGCGAUCUGCCCGAUGGCCUGGAGACCCAGGUUGGUGCCCGUGGUUCCCAGCUCUCUGGAGGCCAGAAGCAGCGCAUUGCUAUUGCGCGAGCCCUCCUCAAGGACCCUGAUAUCCUAAUCCUUGAUGAAGCUACAUCUGCUCUAGAUGCCGAGUCGGAAACUCUAGUCAACGAGGCUCUGGCCGGUCUCCUUCGUGGACGCAACACGACCAUCUCUAUUGCUCACCGUCUCUCCACCAUCAAGCGAUCUGACCAGAUUAUCGUUCUCAACAACGAAGGCAAGGUUGCUGAGAUCGGCAGCUACCAUCAGCUCGCGGCGGACAAGGAGAGCGCGUUCAGCAGGCUGAUGGAGUGGCAGAUGAGCGGUGGUGAGGUUCCCGAGAAGGGCAAUGCUGCCUCUCGGGCACACAUCACCGAGGCAGAGGAGCUCGAGGAUGACCUGGAGAGGCGGGAAGAAGAGGAUGAUCUCGAUAUCUUUGAAGAGGAGGAGAAGAAGGAAUCUAAGGAUGAGGAGAAGCGUCCCUGA